GAAACUGAAACCAGCGGAAUUCAAGCUGACAGAACAUUGGAAUAAACCAGAGGACUUGCUUUUGAAUCCAUUCCUUCUCUAUAAUUGAAAAUGAGCAGCCGACGGCGGCGAUGCAAGCGUCAGUUGAUCAAAUUUACUCAGCAUAUUGCUCGAUUAAUCACAGGAACUCUGAACUCAGAUAAUGAGGAUGAAGAACAAGAGAGCACAACGGUGCGGUAUCACCCGGAAAAUCUGGAGCAACUGCAGUCGCAGACCCAUUUCUCCAGACAAGAGCUGCAGUUAAUCUAUAGAGGAUUCAAGAAUGAUUGUCCAAGUGGAGUUGUGAAUGAGGACACAUUUAAAAACAUCUAUGCUCUGUUCUUCCCACUGGGAGAUUCAUCGAAAUAUGCUCAGUUUCUUUUCAAUGCAUUUGAUAAAGAUAAGAAUGGCUCUCUUAGUUUUGAGGAGUUAGUCUGUGAUCUCUCAGUUUUGUUGAGAGGCACUACAGAAGAGAAGCUGAACUGGGCCUUCAAUCUAUAUGACAUCAACAAAGAUGGACAGAUUACUAAAGAGGAAAUGUUAGAUAUAUUGAAGGCUAUUUAUGAUUUGAUGGGGAAAUCUAUCCAUCCACGACUUAAAGAGGAGGCAGUAAGGCAACACGUCAGAAUGUUCUUCCAAAAAAUGGACAUAAACCAGGAUGGUGUAGUAACUAUUGAUGAAUUCAUUGACUGCUGCCAAAAAGAUGAAAAUGCAAUGCAGUCUCUUAAGAUUUUUGACAAUGCUGUCUAGAUUUUAGUCAGGAAAUCCACCCUAAGCACUUGGACAUUUCUAGAUAAGUAAUACUCAUUGUUAUAAUGCCAGCUUUUCUGUGCUGCUGUUCUGGACUGCUCUUCACAGCUCAGGACUGCUCUGGACUGCUCCAGAUUGUCUUACAUUUA